UAUACCUCGCAUCUAUUUUAUUGAUGACAUUAUUGUCUCAUUGCUCGCUCGUUUCUUAUUAGAUUAUCUAGAUCAAGUGCUGUAAAAUGUCGUUUCAUGUUAUCUUUUUAGUGGUGGUGUGUCAGGUUGCUGUUGGAUAUGGUGCCAUAGUAAAUAGGGAUCCCUAUACAUUUUCAUAUGUCAUAGAUGCAGGCUCAGUGGUAAGCCAACACACUGAAGAGGGUAGCGACAACAUGGUAAGAGGCUCUUAUAGCUUCCUCCAGCCAGACGGAAAAGUAAGAUCCGUAUGGUAUAAGGUAGACGAGGGAAAUGGUUUUAAGGCUUUUAUCAAAUAUAGAGACAUAAAUCAUGUUACCAUGAAAGGACCUUUAAGGUUUCCAAGCGAUUUUCGACAUCCAAUUGUGUUUGAGAAGCCUGUGAGUGUCAUCACGAAGAGUCUGUUAGGAGAAGGUGGGUUGGGCCAUAAAAAGCACUUUAAGCAUUAAAAUGGUUUUGUUUAACGUUUCAUGAAUGUUUUAUCAUAAUUAGUAAAUUUAGAUAGAGAAUGUUUUCUAGAAUAAUUUAAAUAAAAUUAGUAUAGUACAAA